CAUGCCUAAACAAGUAAUCGAUACAAACCAGAUUUUUUUUUUCUCAUUACAAUUAAAAUUCUUUUUAUUUUAAUUAAAUUUUCGGCUUUCUUGGCUAAUUUUCAUAAACUAGCGCUUCAAUAGUAGGAAAAAGAGAAUCUUCAGUGGGAUCCAAAAAUUGAUAAAUUUGAGUUUAAUCAAAAUCAAUUAUGGAAAAGAUAAAUAACCGAUAAACAGAAUCAAUAAAAAAACAAUCAAUGGAAAAUCGUUUUCCUUUCUUUUCUCACUGUUCUUAAUAUUAUAUACCCAUUUCAGUUUUCACGUACUGGGUCUUUGGGGGAGAUUGGAAUUGGAUUCAGAAAAUGGAGAGCAGUGUGCAGAGGAGACUGGAUUGUGUUUCUCGUCACCUUUUGCUGCCACCUGAAGUUAACAGUCUUGCUCUUUACCCGGUUUUAUUAAAAGGUGGGCAAACGAGGCAAGAGAAGGCACACCCAGUAGUUAUAGGGGGCAUGAUAUUGGAUAUUCAUGCCACUCCAUCCAUCCAUCCGAGUCCUAGAACCACCACUCCCGGUAAGGUCCAAUAUGCACUGGGAGGUGUAGCCAGGAAUAUUGCCGAGUGCAUGUCAAAGCUUGGAACUAAGUCUUACAUGAUUAGUGCUGUGGGCAUUGAUAUCGCUGGGAGCAUGCUGUUGGAGUACUGGAAUUCUGCUGGGCUAUCCACAGAAGGCAUCCGAAAACACCAAAAUAUCAGAACUGCUGUCAUAUGCAACAUUUUUGACACCAGUGGAGAGUUGGUGGCUGCAGUUGCAAAUGUGGAAGCAGUUGAAAAAUUCCUCACCCCCGAGUGGAUUCUGCAAUCUAAGUGUAAUAUUUCUUCUGCUUCUGUACUGCUGGUUGAUGCAAAUCUGAUACCUCCAGCUUUAGAAGCUUCUUGUCAAGUGGCAGCAGAAUAUAACAUCCCAGUCUGGUUUGAGCCUGUUUCAGUUGCAAAAUCCAUGAGAAUCACCUCAAUUGUCAACAACGUAACUUUUGCAUCACCCAAUGAAGAUGAGCUUAUUGCCAUGGCAAAUGCUUUGUCUUGUGGAAAUACUUUUCAUCCAGUUGAAAAAGAUAAUUGCAGAAAGUGCUCAACAGAGUCCUUAUUCCAAAUGUUAAAGCCUGCCAUCUUGGUUUUGCUAGAGAAGGGUAUUAAGAUAGUUGUUGUGACUCUUGGUGCAGAUGGGGUGUUCUUAUGCUCUAAGGAGCCAAACUUCAUGAGAAGUAGUUUGGAAAGAACCAAAAGAUAUGGAUUUACUGGAUGGUUGUAUGAUAUUGUAGCAUCAAGCUGUCCAUCAAAUAAAUUUUUUGGUGCUAUGCAGGGUCAGGGGAGUUCUCAUCUUUUUGCUGUGCAUUUUCCUGCCCUUCCAGCCUCAGUUGUGAGGCUUACAGGGGCUGGUGACUGCUUGGUUGGUGGGACACUUGCUUCCCUUUGUGAAGGCUUAGAUAUUAUGCAGAGUGUGGCAGUUGGUAUGGCAGUUGCCAAACAUACUGUUGAGGCAGAGACCAAUGUGCCUUCAUCAUUUAGUUUGGCCUCUAUUGCAGAUGGUGCAGGGCUGGUGUAUUCUGCUGCCAAAGUUUUGUUCCAUCAAUCCAUGCUGUAAAAAAACAACCUUGAAAUGUUGAACUAGUCAUAUUGUUGUAAUCAAGCAGAACUUGGAGCUUCUCAGAUGGUAUCAUGGUUUUCCUAACCUCAAGAAGCAACAAGGGUGCUUGAUUAGACAGACCAAUUUCCUUGGGAGGUUCAUGUCUGACUUUUUCAGGGGAAAUCAAGCCUUCAACCUAAAUUCUGAAGACAAAAGAGAAUGAAAAGAUUCCUUUUAUGGUGGCAAUGAUUCUCCAAUCUUGCAACUAAUUCAGAAAUAUACUUAGGUGUAAGUUCUAAUACUUUCUCAGCAUGGAGUACUAUGAUGGGUUAUAUGUAAUGGUUACCUCAAAAUGAGUGUUGGAACAUUCUUAUCCUAUACUUGUAUUACUUCUUGUGACGGCUGAUGCUUUGGUGUUAAUUGUUAUUUUUAUUGGUUUUGGCCAUUUGGUUAGAGGGUGGCUUUAGCGUAAUGGUAAAAUUACUUGAUAGAGAAGAAUGCUAUUGUUUGGACAGCUUUGUUUA